ACUACACCCUUAAAAAGGACAAGGACCUUGCUAGGAUUUUUAGCACCAUCCCUGCGAAUGCCACAUACACAUCACAUCACAUCCAAAAUGAAAUUAUUGAAAUCAUGAGAACAAUCAUCACAGAGGAAAUAGUGAAAGAUAUAGGAGAGGCUUGGUACACAUUAAAGGUUGAUGGCACCAAAGAUCCCACUGGCUGCGAAAAUAUAUCCAUAGUGCUUCGCUACGUGGACACAAGCAACACUGUAAGGGAGCGACUUGUCUCAAUGGCCACUACCAAACAAUGUGAUGCCAAGUCUCUGACUCAGCUGGUUUUGGCACAGUUGAGAGACAUUGGGCUAAAUACAGCGAAGGUGCUCAGUCAGUGUUACGAUGGGGCAAGUGUCAUGUCUGGAGUACACGGAGGGAUGCAGAAAAUCGUGCAGGAAGAAUUGCAGAGAGAGGUGCCAUACGUACACUGCUUUAAUCAUCAGUUGCAUUUGGUUGUGGUGCACGCCAUGUCUUCUGAUUUCGCACUGGAAAACUUUUUCAGUGUAUGCACCUCACUCUACAAGUACUUCAAGAAACCUACAGUGGCUGCAGUGUACACGGGCGAGAAGUUGAAGAGGUUGCUUGAGCAACGGUGGACAGGCCACCUGGCCACAGUGACGGUGAUCCUGAAAUCAAUUGAUAACAUUGUCCACUUGCUUCGUGGGAUCGAAGGCUCCCAAACCAGUGCAGCAGAGGUGCGAAUGGAGGCCACAGGGCUUUUGAAGGCCAUUACCCAGCCCAGCUUCCUGUUCAUUGCCUGCAUGACGCAUCAAAUAUUGAGUUUGCUUGAUCCUCCCAACACUGCACUCCAAGCCAAAUCCACAGACCUCUACACUGGUGUCAGACUGGUCCAAAGUGCCUUGGCGUGUGUUGAGAAGCUGAGAUGUGAUACUCAGUUUGACACAUUUUGGGAGAAAUUCUCUCAAGACAGACAGACCUCAGAACCUCCUGCAGCAGCACCCCCACAGAAACGACCAAGAAAUUUGAGCCACUUGAGUGACUAUGUGGUGGACACCACAGUUGGUCACCGUCAAAAGGAAGCGGAAGAGAGGACUGGGUGUAAAAGACUGUAUUUCAGUACAUUGGAUGCUGUAGUGGGAGAGAUUAAAGCAAGAUUCAGCAUAAGAAACAGCCAACUGGUGCAGGCCCUCUGCACCUUACACCCAGGGAGUGAAGAUUUCCUGAACACAAACAAAGUGAGACCACUGCUUGACCUAACAGGCACAGAGAUGAAGGAAGCUGAGUUUGCUGUAGCACAGCAGUUUCUGCAGGACGAAAUGGCCAAAUCAAAUGAAAACUGGACUACACAGGACAUUUUGAUACGAUACUGUGAGCCUCUAGCAGCCAUGCCUACUGUGCUAAAAACACUCAAGCUGAGCCUUACCUUCGGUGCAUCAACUGCAACAUGUGAAAAUUCAUUUUCAACUCUCAAAAAUGUGUUCAGUGAACACAGAAGGAGCAUGCUCCACAAAAGAAAAGCCUGUCUCAUCCAGAUUGCUGUGGAGAAGGACCUCACCAAGAAGUUAACUGGAGAGUGGAAAGAGACGCUGCUAAGAAGAUUCAGCACAGCUUCAAGGAGGCUGCAGCUCUUCUGAGGGAUCCUGUGCCCCCUGGUGGAUCAAGUGUGCCCCUGUCUUGGAACCUGGGACAGUUUGAGAAAAUGGCUGCUGACAGCCUGAUGUCUACAUACUGGUAGUUGUUACAAUUUGAAUGACAUUGUAAAAUUAUUUGUUCAUAUAUGUCAACAACAGCUUCUUUUAUUAAUGUAUUAAAUGUAUUAUGUUCAUAAGAACCCAUAUUUCUUUUUAUUGUAUUUAUUUACUGUUAUGUUAACUUUAAGAAUUAUACUGAUUACUUUUUGGACAAAGUUCAAAAUCUGAAAGUGUUCUUUCCUUGUUCAGCUAAAAUCUGUUUUAUUUUUAAGUGGCAAUGUAAAAUUAUUUGUUAUGUCAAAUAUCCUGCCCCAAUUUAUAAAAAAUAAACGUUAUUUUUGAAUUGCAGUCACAUGUUUUUUUUUUUGUGUAGAAUUCUGUUCUUUUUUACAACUCACACAUCACACAUAUCAAAAACCUAUCUCAUAUUCAAAGCUAUCUAAGAUAUCAAUAAGCAAAUGUUGCAGCUGAAAUGUUCUCCACAUCACAAGACAUGAUAUGAUACCAUCUUUUAAGCACAGUAAUUGUUUGUUGUCUCAACAUGUCAGUAGAACUACACAGAAGUGCUUGUCUAUGGUAGAAAGGCCUGUGUGUAAAAAAGCGAAGUCUGAACUGAAGCUGGGUAGCUGGUUUGUAUAGUACUGGUGCACCCCCUGUAAUC